AUGCUUCAGGGUUUGUGGUUGCUGGCUCUUCCGGCGUAUGUGCGAGGUGAUGCGGCGGCUCGAUUAAACACUGACGAUGCAGACAAGUGGAGCACUUUGGCGCACUACCGCAGCAGAGAACUACCGUCACCGUUUCUUGAAAUAAAGACGCAAUUUUCGACUCGCGAAGGAAUCUACAAGAGAAUCAACUUGGCGGAGUAUUCAAAGCCCAUCAGGAUACCGUACAAUACGCAGCCUGGGGCGAGUACUCCCGUCCGCGUCAGCUUCGUAACAAUUCCAGAUUCUUCUGCAAACGACGAAAAAAUUUGCUUUAAUGUUGGCCGAGACCUUUAUGUGUAUCCCUACAAAGGUAUUCGAAAGGUGGGGUUUAUGCGAUUGAGUGUCGUUAAGUAUGGGUUUUCUCGACACGCAUCCGACAUAACUAGACCUGUCGACAAACGCAUGUACAAGGGAACCAGCCCUACGUGUCAUGAUUUCAAUUUGUCCACUGCGUCUAGCGACGGUGUUGCGUUGCUUGUUGGGUUUUCAGAAGGACAGAUACAGCUUAUUGAUCCCAUCAAGAAAGAAUUGAGCAAAUUAUUUAACGAGGAGCGCCAGAUUGACAGAACGAAGGUGACGUGUUUACGCUGGGUUCCUGGAUCGAAGAACGAAUUUUUGGUGUCGCACAGCAGUGGGUACAUGUAUGUGUACAACGAGGAGCUUCCGUGUGGUACAGCGCCACCGCUGUAUCAGGUGGUGAAGCAAGGAGAACGUCUAACCGUUCACUCUUGUAAAACGAAAGCGACCCGAAAUCCUGUGUAUCGUUGGAUGAUAGGCGACGGAAAUAGCGGCUGCGUCAACGAAUUCGCCUUUUCACCCUGUCGGAAAUACCUUGCAGUCGUUAGCCAGGAUGGGUUUCUUCAGGUGUUCAAUUUCGUCUCUAUGGAACUAGUCGGCUAUGCGCGCAGCUAUUUCGGUGGAUUGUUGUGUGUUUGCUGGUCUCCGGACAGCCGUUACGUGGUCACGGGUGGGGAAGACGAUCUUGUGACUGUGUGGUCCUUGCAUGAGAAGAGAACAGUUGCGCGCGGACAAGGUCAUAGAUCAUGGGUUAGCGUCGUAGCGUUUGAUCCAUUUACUUCACUGUACGAAGAUGUCGUGAGUGGUGGUGAUCAGCAUUGCAUCACCUGCUACCGAUUCGGAUCCAUUGGACAAGAUACGCAGUUAUGUUUAUGGGACCUCACGGACGAUGUCUUGAAGCAACCUGCAGCGAAGAGUCGGACUUCAAUGAUAUUUGGAGCUACCGGUAUACCUUUAACUUCGUCAGCAGUGAACCACACAGAUUUGAGUGCCGUUUCACAACGUCUGUCAGCAGUUACAAUCGAUGCAAAGGAGCCCAGGAAGAUUGAGAAAAGAAAUUUCUCCUUCGGACGAAGUUCGGACAAAAAUGCGAUGAAGGCAGGAGUCGAUUCGUCGUGUAACUCCCAGUGGAUAGAAGAUCCUGUGCGGUUAAUCGGUUCCCCUGCGUGUCCGCGAUUGGACGAAUGUCCCUUACUCGAGCCUCUAGUGUGUAAGAAAGUUUCUUACGAGCGUCUGACCGCCUUAGUUUUCAAAGAGGACUGUUUUGUUGUUGCGUGCCAAGAUGGUAUAAUAUCCCCGUGGGCUCGUCCGGAUCGAAGCAUCUGUUCCAUGGAAAUGCUGUGA